AUGGCGGCGCAAGGCCCCGGCCGCCGCCUCACGCCGCUGCUGCUCGGCCUGGCCGCGCUCGUCCUGCCGCCGCCCGCCGCCGCCCAGCCGCCGCCCGCCGCCCUCCGCGCCGGCCACGCCGCCUCCUCGCUGCCCGCUGCCGCCGCCGCGCCGCGCACCAGGUACCUUUUGUAUGAUGUAAAUCCUCCUGAAGGGUUCAACCUUCGCAGAGAUGUCUACGUUCGCAUUGCUUCCCUUCUAAAGACCUUGCUGAAAAGUGAAAACUGGGUGUUAGUUUUGCCUCCCUGGGGACGUCUUUAUCACUGGCAGAGCCCUGACAUCCUUCAGGUCCGGAUCCCUUGGUCCGAGUUCUUCGAUCUCCCAAGCCUCAACAGGAACAUCCCUGUCAUUGAAUAUGAGCAGUUUCUGGCAGAGUCAGGUGGGCCCUUUAUUGAGCAGAUUUAUGUCCUACAAGGCUACGCAGAAGGAUGGAAAGAAGGAACAUGGGAAGAAAAAAUAGAUGAAAGGCCAUGCAUUGACCAGCUUAUGUACUCCAAAGACAAACAUGAGUACUACAGGGGAUGGUUCUGGGGUUAUGAGGAAACACGGGGCCUAAAUGUCUCUUGUUUGUCUGUCCAAGGAUCUGCCUCUAUUGUGGCUCCAAUCCUUUUGAAGAACACUUCAGCACAGUCAGUGAUGUUAGACAGAGCUGAAAACCUUCUUCAUGACCACUACGGAGGGAAAGAUUAUUGGAAUACCCGUCGGAGCAUGGUGUUUGCUAAACACCUCCGCGUAGUGGGAGAUGAGUUUAGAAAAAAGUAUCUUCAAUCCACCGAUGAGGCAGACAGAACUCAUUACAAGGAGGACUGGACACAGAUGAAGGUUAAGAUGGGCACAGCUCUAGGUGGCCCGUACCUUGGGGUUCAUCUCAGGAGGAAAGACUUCAUCUGGGGUCACAGAGAAGAUGUGCCUUCCUUGCAAGGAGCAGUAAAGAAAAUCCGCAGCCUUUUGGACAUGCAUAAACUUGGAAAAGUUUUUGUAGCCACUGAUGCUGUUGAGGAGGAGAUUGAAUUGCUCAAGAAGCUGCUGCCUGAGAUGGUGAGGUUUGAACCCUCUUGGGAGGAGCUGGAACUUUACAAAGAUGGGGGCUUGGCCGUGAUUGACCAGUGGAUCUGCGCACACGCGAGGUAUUUUAUAGGCACCUCAGUUUCAACAUUUUCCUUCCGGAUCCAUGAAGAGAGGGAGAUCUUGGGGUUUGAUCCAAAAACAACUUACAACCGAUUUUGUGGUGAAAAAGAGAAAAACUGUGAGCAGCCAACUCACUGGAAAAUUGUAUACUAAAAUACGGAGAAAUCCAAGGGCUUUAAUACUGGUGAGCUCAAAAGAACAAGGAAAGACUAUGGGGAAAUACCUCCUUUUCACCAAACUGGCUCAAUCCUCUACCCUCUUCUCAGUGUUUACUUGACAUCUGGGUUUUGAAGUGCAAGCAAUAUUCAUUGACUUAGUCAGGCAUUGAUAGGAGCGAGAAAAACAAAGUCAGCCUGGGAUCCCAUUCUCAGCAUAGCUGGGACUGGAGGGCAAUACCAGCCCUGCAGUUGAGACCUGAAAGGCAAAACUUUGUCCUGAAACCACGUCACAAUUUUCCUUCUAGUUUUAAGGAAGAGGAACGGUUUUAACUUUUAUAAACGUAACACAGCUGUGGUCUGUACUGCAUUUCUGUCUUUUAUUUUUCAUUCUGUUCGGUGUUUGCCUCUGGUAGCAAAAACUACAUCUUGGUUUUUUAACCUGCACUACGUGAGCUGAAGAUUGCGUGUAAAGUCUGUCGUUCCCUGGGGAAAUCUUCCUUUUCCAAUAGUAAUUUGUGAACAUUCAAAUUGUCUGAUGCAAUCAGUGCUUGAUGAAAGAAGAGAAGGUGGCAUUUCUACCUAAACCAACUGCUUCUAGUAGCAGUCUCAGUGAGUCUGUGCUGAGGGGUGCAGCGGUGGGGCUUGUAGGGUGCUAAAGGGAAGGUUAUAUUUCUUCUUACGUUUUACCUUCACAAUGGAAACUUCUUUUUUUCACCCGUUGUCCUCCCAAAGGCCUGUUCAGUUGGACUGAUGCAAAAGUCAGCACCCUUUUGGGGUUACCCAGUCAGCUCGGUGAUGGUGAUGCUGUACUAAAAGGCCUUUCAGUUUCCUUGUCAGAUGGAUCCCAGUAAUUCAAAUUAAUUUGCUGCAUUUCUGCCUUUAUGCAAGGGUGCAAACUGAGGACAGUGACAGGCAGCAGAGGUCAUUGGCCCUGGAGGUGAGUGUGUGAGCCCAGCAGUGGGGAGCGUUGCAGGUGGGGCUGUGCUCUGAUGCAGGUGGCUGGCUGGUGGUCCAGGGGGAGAGCCCGGUGCUGCACUACCUGCCAGAGGGAAAGCGCAGCUCCUGUUUGAGAAGGGUUUUGUGUGAGUACCCAUUCUAGCUCUUGCAGUCUCUUGCUGUGUAGAAUUGGCAGUUGGGAAGUAUUCUGCCCCAUUCGGUGCUUCAGGUUGAUCUUUUGCCCUGCAGGUCUACAUGGCUCUGUUAACCUUCUUCAGACGUGGGCUAGGAGACAGAAUUCAGUAGGCAGAGCAGGUAUUUUUCCUUAAAAAGUCAAUUUUACCAGAUUGCCUCGAUGUUAGCAGACUUUUCAUUUGCUCUUUCCUCUUGGCUUGAGUAGGGAUAUAUAUAACCUUCCUGUGCUGUGCAGUGGACAUUUCACAGGGGCCCCCAGACAAUGAGGUUGGUUCCUCCUGUGCAGCCGCAGUGGAAGCUGUCAGGGCUUCUCAGACAAUAGUAGCAGCAGCUCUCCUGUUUAUUACCAGCUGCACGUUGCAUCUCCGUGCAGCAGCUGAGCCCCUCUGGCGACAAAGUGGGGAGCCCAGCAUUUCAAAGCAGUGCCUUUUCCCACCAAGUCAAAUGUUCUCGUUCAGCUUGUGCGCCGUGUAAAGCGAUGGUGGUGAUUUACGUGUGAUGUAUACCUCGCUGAGAAAAAGUAAAAAGCUUUGUAGCAUUUUA